GUAUGGAUGACGGCGAGCUGGACUCCUUGUCAACUGAUGACGUCACGUGUCAGGAGUUCACCGACUGUGCAGUGUUCGACAUCCCGCAGGGCCGGCCGUCAUACCUGUUCGUUCGUCCGGGCCCCACCACCAGCUCCCAGAUCGGUAAGCCGCUGCGGGUUCAGUUCCAGACUGGCCCGGCCCCGCCGGAGUGGAGUAUCUCCUCCGCUCCCUCUCUGGAUGAAGAAGAGGCAGAAUGUAGACGGAGGCAGUGGGGAGUGAAUGUAACGGAAGGAGAAGAGGGGAGGGUGUCAGAAGAGCAGGGAGAGGAAGACGUGAGGGGAGAAGAGGAGGGUGGGAGACGCGAGGAGUUGGAGGAUGAGGAAUGGGGACAAGAUGACGCUGCUGAGAAUCCGGUGGAGCAGGAAUUGGAUCGAAUGGAGGGCGAAGGAAGCAUUGAGGAUGGUAGAAUCAUUGACGACGGAGGACUUAUCAAAGAUAGAGGAAAUAUCAGCGACGGGGAAAUCAUGGACGAUGGAGAUAGUUCUGAGGGUGUAGAAAGGCGUCUGGAAGAAGAGGGAAGACGCCGCGGGGACUGGAAUGGAAACGAGUCUGGGAUGGGAAGAGAGGACGUCAGCGAGGAGACGGCAGUCACACAGCCCAAAGGGCCCGUCAGAGUGCGUGUGAAGACGACUGUGACUUUAUACCGUCCACGUCAGACGUCACCGUCUUCGGGAGGUCUGACAGAACGACCUCAGCAGCGCCAGGAUGAAACUGAAUUACGUCAGGGAGAAUUGGGGUGGAAAGGAGAUAAGAAGUACGAACAGGAGUCGGAGAGGAAACAGCGACCUCAGAACUGGAAGGGUGAUUAUGAAGAAGACGGUGAUGAUAAGGAUGAUAAUGAUGAAGGCGAUGAUGACAAGAUGCGGUCUGGUGCCGACGCGGUGAAGUCCAAAGACGCCGGCUCGUCUUCUGGUGGUCCUAGUACGGUUCCUUGCGGCAGGCUGUGCUCGGUAGUGGUCAUGGUAUCGUUAACCGCUGGACUCAAGGUUUUGCUCUGAUGACUGCCGAUGGUUGGUGGGGAUUGGGGAAUACUUUCCACAGAUUCAACGUCAUCUCAUGGUGCGGACAUUUUUUGGCUAGUGUGGAAAUUUUGGUAUUCUCAUCAUCUAAAAGAUCCAAUAUUUUGAUAAUUGGCUAUUCUAUCAUCUGCUUCACUCAUAAAAAGCUGAGUGGAUCUCUUAUUCACAACUGGACAGUGAUUUAUUGACUUGUAUGAGCUUUUCUACGUCUGAUCAGAAGAAAUUUUGGGCAUUGUUUCUCGACGUACAGCCCUGUCCAGAAUCCUGCCUAAAGUUAUGUCUGGUGCCUUAAUCACAUUAACAGAGAUCAAACGCCAAACUUGCAUCUCCGCAAAAAUAUCGCCACCGCGGAUAGAUUUUGCAGUUUCACAUUGGUGACUUUCUUUUCCGAAGAUCACAGGCGACGUCAUCAAUUUCCUUUUUCCCCGGUAUUCCUCCGAUUUCAUUAGGUGUAAGGUGGUGCAUUUGCCAAUCGGUUAAUCGGUAGCUAGGUUGAUAGUUCCGUUCCUAAUCGGGCAUCGUAAGAUCAUCGUACACCAAAUCAGGGCGUUCUACGUGUUGCGAUUCGGCUAUAUGUUGUAGCUUGCAUUUGUUAGUUUUGUAGUGUGCUAAGCUGAAAGCUCAGAGUUUGUGUCGUUUUGGCAGCUAUCUUGCCUAGAUACUGCCCGGGGACGCUUUUCUGCAGGUUUCUUCCAAAGAGUCGUGUAGACAUGUGGAGAGGGAAUGACCUGCGGACAAGGGUGUGCUGAAGAUGUUUUUGGUUUUUUAUGUUUAAUGUUUCAUGUUUCCGUGAUAGUCUUGCUGGAAAAGUAUAAUAUGGGGCAGCCUUUCGGUAGUCGUAUGCUGGGCUUAAACGGUUACGUUUCACGUAUGAACAUUUCAUUUCCUCAAUGUACCGUUAUCAAGAAACUUUUCAGCACUCGUUCCCGUGAUUUAUAUAUCCACCAUGUUUAUGCAUUUAAAGACAUUAGGUUAAGUAAUUCCAGACACGCUUGUUAGACUCGAUGCUGCUUCCUGUGGUGUAACGCGACUUGUGUUAGCUCAAUGUUAUCGUUUCUUUAGAGUAAAGUGUUUGUUCACAAGAAUCCCUGCGUUGUGGUGGUCAUUUCUAUGACCACACUCCGCCGUUCUAUGAGAAUCGGUGAAAGGGACCUUACGUUCCAGUAUUACGAUUUCUUAUUUAGUUUUGAAUCAACGAACUUCUUCGUUUGGUCGGUCUUUCAGUGACGAGUAAGGAAUGUAUGUGAUAUUGUAUCGGGCACGUUGGUAGCACUCGAAUUGAGUCGUUUGCUCACGAUAUUUGUGAGAGUUUCAGAGACCAGUGUUAUUUUGGAAUGGCGUGCCAAUGACAAUACGGUAGGGUUUGGGAAUCAGAAAUGUGAUGAGACGUCUGGAUUUGGAAAGAAUGGUUUUGUUCGUUUUUUAUUCAGUGAUAUCGGUUGUGCUAGCGAUUGUUUUCUCAUUCACAUAAGACAUGUAACAUGACAAGCGACGGUGUUCCUACCAAUGUAUUAUUGCGUUGAUACUUUGCUCAUUUUGUUACUCUUGGUGGAAGUUUAACUUCCAUUUUUUACCUCUGCAUCGCACUAAAAGGGCUAAGAGUUUGUGAUUCUACUGUGCAUUUCCUAAGCCAAGUGCCAGUAUUCUGAGGCCAUUGAAUGUUUCGGCGCAUUUGGCAGCUGCGAGGGAGUGUUGAAUUGACUACCGACUGACAUGUGAUGUGGUAGGCUGUGGUUGGAUUGUAGGAAGCUGGGUUUUGACCAGAGAGGAACCCGAACUGUUCCGUUUGUAACGAACAAUGAUGCGCGUUUGACAAAUAUGUCUUGAUUGACGAGCUUUGAUGAACAUAAUUUCUAUCAAUAUUUGUACGGAUUCUUGUAUAUGUGAACGCCCCGUAGUGUUCCUUAGUGACGUUCCUAUGCUAUGCUAUGCUAUGCUUGGCCUGCUUGUCGCUUUUGUAAUAAACGUUUUUGAUUA